AUGGCAAACAUGACAAUGACUAUGGCCGAUUUACAAGAACUCGGCCGAACUGAAGACAAUGAAUCAGUGGAACGUACAAAAGCAUUAGAUAUGGAAUCUGGUCAAAUUUCUGGUGCUGUUUAUUGGUCAUGUGAUGAAGUUGCAGAUUUUAUUGAAAUGCUUGGUUUUGAACGAUAUCGAGAAUGUUUUCUUCGAAAUAAAGUUGAUGGACGUCGAUUAAUUUUAUGUAAUGCAUCACGUUUGAAUGCACUUGGUGUUACUGAUUUUAAACAUAUUCUCUCAAUUGCAAAAAGUAUUCGUGAAUUAUUAAAUAUUGAAGAACCUUAUUGGAAUCGAAGUAUUUCAUUGCCUUACUCAGAAGCUAUCGGUCGAUAUCUUGAACAACGUAGUGUUAUGGGUCGUCGAGCAGAUGAAUUGGAUUAUGUUACAUUUACUAAUGACACACGUGAUACUAAAUUUCAACCGCUAUUAACAAAUCAAGGUAUUCUUACGUGGAACUAA